GUUAUUUAAAAUGUGACAGCGAUGUGUUUAUAGUUCAAAUGUAUGCUUUUGUGUAAAUUAACGUCUGCGUUUGAAUUUCAAACUCUGUUCUGCCUUGUCCAAUGACUAAUCGGCUAUCUGAUUCUUGCGGGAGCAGCCAUUUUACAGACGUUUAUAGUGAGUGCGCGCGCUCCAUCUGUCCGGCCCGCGAAUGAAGCUGUGGAUGACGUCUGCCAACAUUUCUAACUACUGAGGCACUGUGGUAAGUUUAGUGAAAAGUUCGUUUACUUUGUACUUUAAACGCUUUAUCAUACAAGCACCUGCAAAAAGGGAGAGGAUAUUAUUUGGGGUGUUGCACGGUCGUCGAAAUAAUAAUGAGUGGCACAAUGCAAAGGUAACUCGGCUCCUUGUCUUAUCGUCUAACUAACGUAAAGCUGAAAAAAAACAUUUUUUGUUCGAAGUCUAAAGAUGAUUAACCACGUGUAAUUUUUGCAACAAAACCUUCGAGACACUGAGAGGCUAUGUGUUGCAUUGUAAAGUUCAUAGAAACGAACUCCUAUUGAUUUUUCAAAUAUGUUAGUGCUGGCUGUAAGCGAACAUUUUGCUCUUACGCUGCAUUUAAAGCACAUUUCACAAUGAGUCUGCAUCAACCGUUAGUGCUAAAGCAGUUGCAGAUUUUAAAUUUCUAAAUUUCGUUGUGUGACCUCACGUUUAACACGGCUGAAGAUUUAAUGCCACUUAAAAGAGCAUAUAGCAGAAGGCCGACCUGUGGCUUUUCCAGUAACGGGUUGCAAAAAUACUUUUACAAUUAAAUCGUCUUUCACAUCUCACAUGUCCAGGAAGCAUAGAGCUGCCUCAAAUAAUACUGUAAGUGACAUUUACAGGAAAACUGUUUCUCAGUCGUCCACUGUCAUGAAUGUGUUGUUUCAAAUGAUGUAACAACACCUGAAACUACUGAAUUAUACUGAAUAGAGCUGUUUGUGGAUUUAAAAGAUUUGGAGGAAAAUGGAAUAGCUGUAGGUGGUAACGUAGUUAAAGGUGCACUGUAUUGUAUUGCUGGUGGUGAUAAUUUGCGUUCACAUGCCAUUGGUGGGUUUACUGAAAAUUUCAGUAUUGUGCUCAGUAUUUUUGCAGGUAUUGUGAAAUAACAAGAAAUGAAUUUCAGAGUGAUAACCCAAAUGUUUGUGGUCCACAGCGCACCCGUGAAACUUAUGAUUCUGCUGUUCAUGAUUUACGAUCUUAAGACAGUCAAGACAUCAAAGAAAUAAAGUAAUGACUGACUUGGAGACAACAUUUCUACGUACUGCCAUCACUGAGGUCUUGCCUAACCUUCCAGAGGCAACAAAAGACAUUUUAGAGGAGACAUUGCAAUCCAUUGGAGUGGAGACAUAUGAUGAUUUUAAGUUUAUUGAGGAAUCUGAUUUGCUAACGGCAUUAAGGCCAAUCCAAGCUCGAAAAGUCCUUGCUGCUUGGAAGUUAAGAUGCCAGACACCAGAAACAAGCAGCUCACCACAACCUUCCACAGCCUUGCAUAGUUCACCUGCAAGUUCUCAAUCAUCCUCCACCAGUAUCUCCCAAAGCCCAGAUGUAGACUGGGUGGAUACGUUUCUGAUACCAUGGGAUAAAUUUCCUCAGGAACUAAUGCAAUUUUUGGAGAGAGGAAAACGACCAAGUCCACGAAUGAGAAGAGAGAUGGUCCGGAUUGUGGUAAACGAGAUGAUGCGAAAAUGUUCAUGCCCAAAUAAAAGGAAUUCUACUGAAGUUGCCAAAAAGAUGGUAGCAAAGUAUCCAGAGUCUCUCCUGGAUGUAAUAGAGGGGGAUGUGGUUGGGCCAGGGUACCAUUCUUUAGUGAAGCAAUUGCAGUAUAGGAUUGAAAAUGUGAAGCGAUCUACAACACCCAAAAUAAGAAAACGAAGACAUCAGACUGAUGACUCUGACACGGAUGAAAUUCCUCCAGAAAAGAGGGCAGCAAUUCAGGAUACAUAUGGAUGCAUUAACUGGCAUGUAAAAUUCCUGCCACUGGGAGAGACCUCUGAAAGCCAGGAGGAAAAGAAAGAGAAAAUGAAGAUAAUGUCUCGUCAAACUGAUGCAGAUGCAGAAGAAGUCAGACAUCUAAUGAAAUUGACUUUCUACACACAACGUAACCAAGUAAAUCAGGGCAAGAAUAUAAAAUGUCUCCUGGAGGAUUGGCCAUGGUGGUUUAAUGAGCUUGGCAUGGCAGUUCACUACAAGGAGCUUACCGGAAUUGGUCUUAAUGAAACUUUCACCCGGAAUCUGGACUUGAAGGGGAAACGACUCCUAAACUACUUCAGUACAGUUGGUGUGAACAAAAACAAAAAGUUCCUGCAGGACUUAACAAAGUUUAAAGUGAUGAGGGGAGAGCUAAGUGGUUGCUCUGAAGAUGUGAAAGAGAUGUUGAUGCUUUUGCUUUCCUACUUCAAUGAGAAGGAAGAUGCUAUGUUCUGUCAUGUGGAGGACACAUGCCUCGCAGAAGAGGUAGAGAUGGACAAAGUUAAUUUGACCCCAACACUUGUUGUGUGUGGCCAAUCCUGCUUUUCAUCGAAGCGUUUCAUGCUGUGUGUGGAUCGAACUGUUGUACAUGACAACAUCCCCUCCUUCAUUUCCGCCCUGUGCAUGAUGUUUGGGAGCUAUUAUUGCUUCAACAUCCAUUACCCAUCAGAGCUGGCAUCAACCUUGGAGUUUUUGCAGAGGUGUUUCUUCUCUAUCAACCCAGAGAAAGGCACUAAAGUGGAGAAGACAAACACAGCCCGUCUUCAUGUGAACCCAAGAGUUCUUACCUUGAUUCAGGAACUUUCCGAUCAUGAAUGGCGUGAUGUCUAAAUACGGACUGAAGUCAGUCAGGUUUGGACAUACAGUGAAUGCCAGUUUCUCAGGUUUGUUUGAUCUGCCAUGCUUAAUGUAUGUGUUAUUACACAACUGUUAGAGUUUUUAUUGCUCUAGUGUUUUCUGAAUUAAGUUAUUCCUGAAUUGUUGGUUUGUAUUGAAUAUUUGUUUAUAAAACAAUUGUUAAAUGUUCUUAACCCGAUUUAAGAGAAAAGUUGGUAGCACUUUAUAAUAACUACACACUAUGAACCAUUUAUUAAGCAUUAAUAAAUAUAAUGGAUUAAUUUACUGUUGAGCAUUAACUCUACAUUAAUAAACAUUAGUAGACAGUUUAUAAUAAUGGCUAAAAAUGUUGUAUUCUUGACUUAA